UUUACAGCUGAUUUCCGUGGAUGGAGUGGAUCAGAUGCUCGUCCUCACCUCGUCGAGACAUGAAUGCGCCUCUCAUCGCACUCGAGUCUGCCGUGGCACAUUGACACACAGCUCUCCCCUGACAGCAGACGUCAUGGCCCAGGCUGCACAGAUGAACGUCCUCGAUAUCAACACUCCCCUUCGAGUGGAGCACGACAAAAAACGACGACAAUUCAGCAUCCGACUGAACGGUCAGUAAUGCUGCGUCACGGGAGGAGGACAAAUCACCGAACUGACGUCUGCUAAAUAUCUCGUUUGUUGCGUAUUUUGUUUCCUAAUACGAUUUACAUGUUGCUUAACAGAAUCCGCUUUGUCUAUAUUACGUAUCACCUCACAAUGUAUGUAAACAUAGUUACAUGCUUUGAAAGCAGCAGUUAAUUGAAUAUAUCAUGAACUAGUUGUUUUGCUAGGAUGGACUCCCCCAACCCUCCCCAGUUUGUUCUUUAUCUUGAAAGUGGCCUUGGUCUUUUUAACAGCCUCUUUUAUAAGUAUUCAUCUCAUGAAUCAUGCAAUUGCAGUAGCUGUUUUGGUGCAAGGAGCCGCAGAUCAAUCUAAGAUUCGUUUGGUCAAAUAAACUCUUUGUUUUUCUCUUUUCCUGCUCAUUCAAUAACUAAGUUGCUAGCCUACUGGCAAGCAGGGACGUAGCAAGGUAAUCUGGGCCCCCUGACUGUAUAUUGCUCUGGGCCCCCUGGACCUUUGGGACCCUAGAAUCUUUACCACCUUUCAUCCCACUAGCUAUGUCCCUGCUGGCAGGCCAUCCCAUCCAGACUUUGUUUUACUUCCUGUUCCAUCAUCAUCACAGAUUUGUAUCUAAGAAAGAUAAGCCCCACGUCCUCUUUAUUUUUUUUUUCUGUUUGUCAGUAGUAUUCGGUUUUGCAAUAUCGGAAAAACAAAAUUUUCCACACUCAUGCAUGUUUGUGGUUUGGAGGAACACACUUGCGCUGCGGAGUUUCAAAUAACAAUAAAGGGUUUGUUUUCAUAGCCAUAAUGCUGUCAGAGAGGCAUUAAAGGGAUAGUUCACCCAAAAAUGUAAAUUUUCUCAUCAUUUACUCACCCUCAUGCCAUCCCAGAUGUGUAUGACCAGGGGCGGUUUUAGGGUCAGUGGACAUCCGAGGCUUAUCCCAGAGAAUGCAUCAUUAUACACAGGGUACACUUUAAAAUAUGUUUAAAAGUUGCAUCGGAAAAGAGUCCAUUUUUAAAUGAGAUACAUCUUUAUAUAUAUUUGUUUGUUAAAGAAUACACAACAUAAAAUUAAUGCCUGAGAAUAAAAUGAGUUGGACUGAAACUGUUCAGGUCUGCCUACUGCUUUAUUCCACCACUAUAAACAAAUCCAGAGCCAUGACACCAAGCUGUUAUUCCUUGUCUAAUUAGAAACCUGCCUUAAAGGUUUAAUCCACAAAUUAUAUCAUAUUCAUCAACAACAAUGCAUGACCACAAAGUGAGAAAACUAGACAUUCCAAGAUGUUAGAUUUACAGAUAAAAGUACAGCACAGGUAAGGUUUGACAUUGAUGACAGGAAAGUUAGUCCAUUCCUCUUUCAUAAUACUUUAUGUUGACAGUGAACCCUAACUUCUUUCUGACCACUGAAUUUUUAGAAGCUAUUUUAUUGAGAAUAAAUAAAUGGGUAAAACUUUACAAUAAGGUUCCGUUUGUUAGCAAUAGUUAAAAACAUGAACUAACAACAAACAAAACUUAUUAAGCAUUUAUGAGCAUAUCUGAAGCGAUCCAAUCGGUUUUGGGGGAGAACAGACCAAAAUAUAACUCCUUUUUCCAUGAAAUCUUGACAGCAGUCUCCAUGGCGAGGAGCUUGAAAUCAUGAUCGUGCCUAGAGACUGCAAUGGCAAGACAUACAGUGAAAAAGGAGUUACAUUUUGGUCUAUUCUCACCCAAAACCAACUGGAUCACUUCAGAAGACAUUGAUUAAACUACUGGAGUCUUAUGGAUUACUUUAAUGUUUCCUUUAUCUGCUUUUUGGAGCUUCAAAGGUCUGGCCACCAUUCACUUGGACCUACAGAGCUGAAAUAUUCUUCUAAAAAUCUUUGUGUUCUACAGAAGAAAGUAAGUCAUACACUUGUGGGAUGGCAUGAGGGUUCCCACGACAGGGCUGUGCUGCUGUAUGAAUAUGUGGGGAAGAAAACAGUGGAUCUGCAGCAUACCGAAGUUCCUGAAGCUUACAGAGGACGAGAGAUUGCCAAACACCUAGCCAAGGCUGCAAUGGAUUUUGUGGUAGAGGAAGACCUGAAAGCCCAUCUAACCUGCUGGUACAUCCAGAAAUACAUCAAAGAAAAUCCCCACCCCCAUUACUUGGAGCACAUCAUCCAUUGAGAGCGAGUGAGAGAGAGACACGGGGACACGAAAUGAAGAUCUUUCAGUUCUAAUAGGAUGAUUUGGGAUUGGGUGGGAUGGGUAUCUGUUGGUUGGCGGGCAUCCCUAAUCUGUCUGACUGGUCUUGAAACUCCAAAAAAGCAAAAUAUUUAUUUUUUGUUUGCAAGCAAGAGUGAAUGCGAUUAAAGGAAGGGAAAUAUCUGAAACUAUACCAGGCUGUGUAAACGUUUUCUUAGGAACCUGCAUGCCUUAUGGGCUGAGAUAUAAUAGUGUGGACGUUGUGGUGGGCAAGGGAUUGCGUCUCCCAGUAAUUUCAGUGGUUUUCGGACUUUCAAGCCAAUGCAGUGAAGUGUAAGGAAAACUCCCUUUUAUGAGCUCAAAAGUGAUGUUACACACUAAAUGCCUCUCCGGUCAUAUGCCUUCUGAUUUAGCGGUGCUUAUGAGAGAGAUGCACACGUAAUUGCGAUUCCACAUGCACAGACAGUCUCUCAAACCAUACAAAAUGCACAUCCAACCUGGCAUGAAUUUUUAGGGAAAGCACAAUCUACCGUCCCAGUUAGAGACAGCCAUUUUAUUCUGUGCAUGUUCCAGGCUGAUUUUGUGCUUUUGCAUGUGUGUGUGCUGUGCCUGGUGUAGACAAUGGCCAGUGAGGAGCUCAAUUCUGAAGACAAUCACCCAACCCUAAUAAUUCGCUGGGCUGAACCUCUCAGGAUGCACACUUUAUAAAAACAUAUAUGUUACGUGUGUGUGUGUGUUCGUGGGUGGGUUUGGGUGGUUUAUGAGGACUUUUUUUAGGUUACAAACUGGUAAUUACAAGGGUAUUAUGCUAUAAAUGUGGUUUAUGAGGACAUUUCUAGUGUCCCCAUCAUUCAAAUUGCUUAAAAAAAACAACAUACUAAACUGUGUUUUAUUGAAAAUGUAAAAAUGCAGAAAGUUUUUUGUGAGGGUUAGUGUUAGGGGAUAUAAUAUAUAGUUCGUCCAGUAUAAAAAUCAUUAUGUCUAUGAAGAGUCCUCAUAAGGAUAGCCACACGUGUGUGUGUGUGUGUUUGAGAGAGAGAGAGAGAAAUAGAAAUAUGUUGAAUGAAUGUCAGUGUAAGUUACUCUCAUAAUUCCCAGGGGUCUCAUUAAAAGUCAGUUGUUGAACUGUCUAGAUCGAUAUUGUUUGCAGGGUAGGCUGCAAACUGAGCAGACUGUGGCGUAUUCUGCCAUGUGACGCAAACAUCUGUGGCACAUUAAUAACCAUGAUAUUCCUGGUGACGAUAAUGAAGGUAAAAUUUUAAAGGAAAAUUACUGGACUGUUACAUCACCUACAAAGAUUGUGACUUAAUACAGACUAAAGAUGCCUGAAGUUCAUCCAUUUUUACACACUUAUGUACUCUUGCUGUUACUAUUAAUGGUUUUGAAUAAUAAAAAAAAAAUA